UCAUCUCCAGUUUAACAUAUAAAAUGUGAGCUGAGCGAGCAGAGAGAGGGUCGAGAGCCUUGGAGUUUUCCCUUCAAACAAAGCUAAAAGAUGGUUCAACAUGGCAGCAAAAGCAGUCCUAAAGACGGGCGUCUGCUUAAAGCUGGACACCUUCCUGCCGUGAAGGCUGGAGGUAAGCGAGUGGCCAAGAAAGGCUUGGAAGAAGCCAACACCCAUGGGACUCUGGAGAAGGAGACCAAGAGGUCUGACAAACCCAGGCCUGUUUCCAGUGCCAACAGGAUGCAACAAGUGGGUCUUCUGGCAGGGCCUCUUGACAAGUUGAGCCACGACUUUCCCGAGAUGCACGUGAGCGUGAGGCACAGCAGAGUGCGACCCGCUGUGGAGAAGCCCCACUGCCCUCGGAUCUUCUGCAUCCAGCAGCCCAGGAAGUUCUGAAGCAUGACGUGGUGAUGUAUUGUAGUGUGCUUAUAGAGAGGUGGCUUCCUCCUUCAACUGUAUACUCUCAAGGAGGGGGGGCUCUUUAAAUACUAAAAGUGCUUGUGUGCUCGUCUUUGUUUAGCGGCUGUUCAACAUGUUUAAUGUGUGUAAAAUGAGGAUUCUGUUUAAAAUGUUGAAUCUUCAAGUUCGUCUUACUGCUUGGCAUGUAUGCAUUCAAUAUAAUAAAUACUGGAUUGAC